CCUCACUUUCCUCUAUAUAUUACUAUUUCUCAAUACUUAGACUCAAUUUCUCAGAAUUAAGAUGAAAUCAUACCUUUCUGCAUUCCUAUUAUUCCUUCUCCUCCUUAAGCUUGUUGAUAAAUCCAUCUCUUCACGUGUCCCUCCUUCUUCAACCAAAGUAAUAUUCAAGAAGAUUGGUGAGAAUUCAUUGGACAAUGCCAAACAAAAGUUCUCUCCCCAACAGCCAAACUCACCACCGAAGCAAAUCGAAGGCCUAUCUUUCUUGAAAGACUACUUAUCUAACUUCGGCUACCUUCAAUCCUCCGAGCCAUUCAACGAUUAUUUGGACGAGGAAACCAUAACAGCUAUUAAGACCUACCAGCAAUAUUUCAAUCUUCAACCUACUGGUAACAUAAACAACGAGACACUUCAUCAAAUCUUACUACCACGAUGUGCUGUUCCCGACAUGAAUUUCUACUACAACUUCACCGACCUCAAGUCGUGGCCCAAAGCCGGGAACCAGUGGUUCCCCAUGGGCAAGAGCCUCCUCACCUACGGUUUUCAACCCAUGAAUGAAAUGACAGCCGAAAUGAAGAAGGUGUUCACAGAUGCCUUCACGCGCUGGGUGCGUGCCACAGCUGGAGUUUUGAAACUCACGGAGACAACCUAUGACAACGCCGACAUCAAGGUUGGGUUCUAUAGAUUCGAUGGCCGCUUUAAGAAUUUGUUGUUUGGUGGCAGCGUUAUCAGAUAUCAACCUGAUUCUAAUGUCACCACAGGUGAGAUUCGUCUCGACCUUACCGAUUUAUGGGCCCUGCCUAGAGAGGAGGAUAUGCUGUCACAGGAUGGUGUUUUGGACUUGGAGAGUGCGGCGAUGCAUCAGAUAGGGCAUCUUCUAGGGCUUGACCACUCUAACAAAGAGGACUCUGUUAUGUACCCUUACAUGUUGCCCUCACAGAAACGGAAGGUGGAGCUUUCGGUUUCUGACAAGGACAACAUUCUACAACAGUAUGCUAAUGGCAACUCAGGCCACGGUGGGCGCUGGGGAGUGCUUUUAUUUACCAUUUUGUCUCUUGGAUUUGCUUUUUUUGUAUUAGGCUAUUAGGAACAUCAACAUGUUUGGAUUUUGUUUUGGUGUUUCAAACUCAGUUUGGAGCAUAAACUCAUUUUCAUUUCGUAUGGUA